AUGUUCAUUGGCGGACUCAACUGGGAGACAACGGAUCAAUCCCUUCGAGACUACUUCUCCCAAUUUGGAGAGGUCGUCGAAUGCACUGUUAUGAGAGAUAGCAGCACCGGUCGGUCAAGAGGCUUCGGCUUCUUGACAUUCAGAGACCCCAAGACGGUCAAUAUUGUUAUGGUCAAAGAACACUUUUUGGAUGGCAAGAUUAUCGACCCAAAGCGUGCGAUUCCCCGCGAUGAACAGGAGAAGACCAGCAAGAUCUUUGUCGGCGGUGUCAGCCAGGAGACAACGGACCAAGAAUUCAAGGAUUACUUUGCCCAGUUUGGACGAGUUGUUGACGCCACCUUGAUGAUGGACAAGGACACGGGUCGCCCUCGUGGUUUCGGCUUCGUCACAUUCGAAAGCGAAGCCGGUGUCGAGGCAUGCCUGAGCACCAGCCUGGAGAUUCACGGCAAGCCAAUCGAGGUCAAGAAGGCCCAACCACGAGGCAAUCUCAGGGAAGAAGAAGAGGCUGCUCGACGCGGCGGGAAGUUCAGGAAGGGCGACGACAAUGCUCAGAGUGGGCAGAGCGGUAUGGGCGGCAAUCAGAUGGGUGCUACCGGCGGCAUGACGCCACAGGUCAUGGCCCAGUACUUCCAGCGAAUGCAGCAGUACUUCGCCAUGAUGCAGCAGCAGAUGGCCAUGAGCCGUGGUAUGGGCCCGAUGAACCCGGCGAUGAUGCAGCAGAUGAUGCAGAUGCAACAAAUGCAGCAGAUGCAAAGCCAGAUGAUGGGCCGCGGCGGGGGAGGCGGCAACGGGCAGCAGGGAAUGAUGGGCCAGAUGACGCCUCAGAUGAUGCAGCAGAUGCAACAGAUGCAGCAGCAGAUGCAGCAGCAGAUGGGACAGCAGGGCGGGCCGCCAUCCGGGCCCAGCGGUAGCUUCAGUCCGCAGCAGCAGAUGUUCGACCCGUCCCAGGGGGGCCAGCCACAGCAGCAACAGCAGCAGCAGCAGCCACAGCAACAAGUCGCCCAGGGCCCGCGACGAGGAGGUGGUGGCGGUGGAGGUGCGCCUCGCGACCAGUACAACCAAGCCGGCGCUUAUGCCAUGGGCGGUGGUGGCGGCGCCCCGACAUCUUGGGAAGGCAUGUACGACGACGUGCCUCAGCCCAACCUGAACCAGGGCGGCCGAGGAGGUUACCGAGGUGGACACCGCGGCGGCUCCCAUAGCGGCGGUUCCCACCAAGGAUCGCCGGAUCCCGCGCACGCCCCGCCUGCCAACGCUCCCACGGGGCCCAAGAACGCGGGCCGACCCGGUGCCAACUACCGCGGCGGUGGCCGCAGCGGGAACCGCGGUUUCCAUCCUUACUCGCGAUAG